AUGACAGAAAAGGUUACUCAUUUAACUUAUGAAGCAUUAAAAAGUAUGGUGGAAUAUUAGGAUAAUACAACUUAAUAUUGCGUUCAAAUUUUAAAUAUAGUAUUUUAGGAUGAUAUGAAAUCAAAAAAUGGCAUUUUGUAUUAGUGCAUUUGUAGUGAUGGAUUUGCAAAAAUGAAAAUGCAUAUACUCAAUUUAAGCCCUUCAAUUUUAGCGAAUAUCUCGAAACUUAAUCCAAUUAUUCGAAUUUUAGAAUUAAAGUUGUCAUAGCCAUUUUUUAUAGUAAUAAAGCAUGAGGUCUUAUAUUUAGAUAAAUGUCAAGUUGGUUAACCUUUGGAUUAUGAAGAAUUUAAAAGGAUGAAUUAUACAAAUCCCAAUGGAAAUAAUGAAAUUUAAUUCCCAAGAGCUCCUCAUGUUCUCCAUAUCAAUUCAAAUAAAAAAUAAUCCAUGUUGCCAUAACAACAAUAAAAAUAAAUUAAUGACUUUAUGAACUAAGAUUAAUAGCAAACCAAAUCUGGUGUUAAACUCUCAAUCCAAUAAAAAUAAUCAUAAAUUAAACAGGCACCAUAAUUUGUUGAAAAUCAAAUAUAUUAACCACCUUCUGAUAUAAAUUUAUUAAAAAUAUCAGAACUCUAUCCAGGAAUGAGAGGAUUCAAAAUUAAAGGAAGAAUUACUUCAAAAACUGAUAUUACCUAAUUUAAAAAUGGUAAGGGAUACUUGUUUACAAUUGAAAUCAUAGACUCUGAUAAAUAAACCAUUUAAGGAGUAUUCUUUAACAAAUUAUGUGAUAAGUUUUAUGAUUUUAUUGAUAUUGGAAAGGUAUAUUAUUUUGAAAAUGCUUCAGUAAAGACAAAUAGAUAUUCUAGCAAAAAUCAAAAUUAGAGUGAUUAUCAAAUACAUUUUGAAGACUUUUCAAAGAUAUCAAUCGCCCAAGAUGACGAAGAGAUUGAUACUUUUGCAUACUAAAUUAAAACGAUAGAAGAUGUUGAUAAUUUGUCUUUAGAUGAAAAAUGUGAUGUGCUUGGAGUUAUUAUAGAUAUUAAACCAACAACAUAAAUUAUGACAAAGUCAAAUGAAAAUAGAUCUAAGAAAAAUAUUACUUUAUAUGACUAAACAUAAAGGGGAAUAGAUAUAGUUCUUUGGGGAUAAUAGGCUGAAAAAUGGUAAUUUUAAAAAGAUGAAAUAGUAGCAUUUAGAGGAUUAAAGAUUAGUGAUUACUAGAUGGUUAGAAAUUUAACAGUUACUAAUUCAACUAUUUACGAAAAGAAUUUAUCUAAUCUAAAAAAAAUUAAUGGAUUUUAAGAAUUUUAUGAAUUCUAUAGCAAAAACAAAGAUUUUUUAGAAACAAAACCAAAAGAAUCAAGGAAGAAAUUUCCUCUAUCUUAUAUUGAAUAAAUAAAAAAGGAUUUUGAAGGAAUCAGAAACAUCAAAUUUGUAAAAUUCUAUGAAAUUAAAGCUUACAUAACAAAUAUAUUCACUAAACUUCUCUAUUAUGAAGGAUGCGAGAAUUGCAAAAGAAAAGUUGUCUAUAUACAAUAAACAAAAUUAUAUCAUUGCCAAAGUUGCAAUUAAAAUUUUGAUCAACCUAGUUAUAAGUAUAUGUUUAAUGCUAAAAUUGCAGAUACAACUGGAAAUCUAUCUGUAAGUGUUGCCAAUGAUUAAGGAUAAUAAAUCUUAUAACUUUCAUGCGAUGAAUUUUAAAAAAAGAGUCAAGUAGAUAAAGAUAAUUAUGUUAAAAGAGCAAAUUUUUAAUAAUUUAGAUUCUUAAUCAUAGGAAAAGUUGAAACUUAUAAUGAUGAAAUUAGACCGAGAUACUAUAUUUCAACUUUCAUAUAGGAUGAUAUAGUUAGUGAUAAUGAAGAGCUAUAUAACUAGAUAAAGCAGAUGCUAAGCCAAAAUUAUUGA